AUGAACAAUGCCAGUGAGAAAUUAAAACCAACCGUCAUGUAUGAGCUGAGGGCCCGAGAAGAAGAAGAAGAAGAAGAAGAAGAAGAAGAAGAAGACGAGACAAGGACUCAGGGGGAUUUACAUUGCGAGGCCAUCAUGGCUUGGUGGGGAUUUGUUCAAGAGGAAGAGGAAGAGGAAGAAGAAGAAGAAGCUGGUACGGUAGGAACACCACAAUAG